AUGUCUGCUACCGAACAGAACACCGGUGCUCCCGGCCCCGAUGAAGUUUUGACCGAGUCCUUCAACCGCGUCAACCUCAACGACCAGGGAGAGGAGAUGAUUCCCAAAACCGAAGAAGAAUAUGCGCAAUCUGUCCUGACCCUCCGUGCUAUUGUCUCGUCCAAGGAAGCCGGCGUGAUUAUCGGCAAGGCCGGCAAAAAUGUUGCCGAUCUUAGGGACGAAACUGGUGUCAAGGCCGGCGUGAGCAAGGUCGUGCAAGGUGUGCACGAUCGCGUCUUGACUGUUACCGGAUCCCUCCAGGGCACUGCUAAAGCUUAUGGCAUGGUCGCAAAGAGCUUGCUUGAAGGUGCGCCACAGGUGGGAAUGGGCGGAAUUGUUCAAAACAGCGGCACGCAUCCUGUCCGUCUUCUCAUCUCGCACAACCAGAUGGGGACUAUCAUUGGCAGGCAGGGCUUGAAAAUCAAAUAUAUUCAAGAUGCUUCCGGAGUUCGCAUGGUCGCCCAAAAGGAAAUGCUUCCGCAGUCUACUGAGCGAAUCGUCGAGGUGCAAGGAACCCCAGAAGGCAUCGAAAAGGCCAUCUGGGAAAUUGGAAAGUGUCUUAUUGACGACUGGCAGCGCGGGACCGGAACCGUCCUCUAUAAUCCCACCGUUCGAGCCAACGUCGGAGGUAGCCAGAUGAACAACACAUUCAUAGGACCAAAUCCAAGCUCUUAUGGUGGAGGUCGCUCCUACAAUCGCACUGGAAAUGGCGCCGAUUUUAGUGACGCUCCUGGUGGUUAUAACCGACGCCAGAAUUCAGAUGGACAAAACCGUGGGAUCCCUUUGGUCACCGAAGAUGGUGAAGAGAUCGAAACGCAGAACAUCAGUAUUCCUUCCGAUAUGGUCGGUUGCAUUAUUGGCCGAGGAGGCAGUAAAAUUAGCGAAAUCCGAAGAAGCUCUGGUGCGCGUAUUUCGAUUGCAAAAGCUGCACAUGACGAGAGCGGCGAACGAAUGUUUACGAUCAUGGGAAGCGCUCAAGCGAAUGAGAAGGCCCUUUAUCUUCUUUACGAAAACCUUGAGGCUGAAAAGAUGCGACGCAGCCAGCAAACUCAGGAGUGA